AUGAAGCCACACGCUCAGGCUUCUUCUUUCCUCACUCCACCCCCGCACGUGCCUUUCUUUCGCGCCACCACUUCCGCUCGUGCCGCACCGGCGGAGUCUCUUCAUGCUGCCGCCGCCAACGAAUUCCGCCGCGUCUGGGCAGCGAAACGCCGCCGGAUCCACCUGUCCGUCCGCCACUCAGCUUGCGUCGCCGCGGCUUCCAAUGGCUCCGACGGCGACGAGAGUCUUCCUCGGAGCAGCCGGCGCGGCGUGCUGAUGGCGCCGUUCCUGGCCGCCGGCGCGUCGAUUCUGCUCUCUACGGCUGCGAGGGCGGAGGAGAAGGCAGUGGAAUCGGCUCCGGCGGCGCCGAAGAUUGAGGAGGUGAAGAAGAAGGAGGAGGAGGAAGUGAUAACGUCGAGGAUUUACGACACGGCGGUGAUAGGGGAACCGUUGGCGAUAGGGAAAGAGAAAGGGAAGGUGUGGGAGAAGUUGAUGAAUGCGCGAGUGGUAUAUUUAGGGGAAGCGGAACAGGUUCCGGUUCGAGACGAUAGGGAAUUGGAGCUUGAGAUUGUGAAGAAUUUGCAUAGGCGCUGUUUGGAGAAGGAAAAGAAAUUGUCUCUUGCGCUUGAAGCUUUUCCUUCUAAUCUUCAGGAACCGCUCAAUCAGUAUAUGGAUAAGAAGAUAGAUGGAGAUACCUUGAAGUCUUAUACGUUACAUUGGCCCCCUCAAAGAUGGCAGGAGUAUGAACCUAUUCUGAGCUACUGUCGUGAAAAUGGAAUCCGUCUUGUCGCUUGUGGUACUCCACUGAAGAUCUUAAGAACUGUCCAAGCAGAAGGAAUUCGUGGGCUUACAAAGGCUGAACGUAAACUAUAUGCUCCUCCAGCUGGUUCAGGCUUUGUAUCAGGCUUUACUUCUAUUUCACGUAGAUCUUCAGUUGAUAGUACUUCAAAUCUGUCUAUUCCUUUUGGUCCAAGCUCAUACCUUUCUGCACAAGCUAAAGUUGUUGAGGAGUAUUCUAUGUCCCAGGUUAUCUUACAAAAUGUGCUUGAUGGAGGGGCCACUGGUAUGUUAAUAGUAGUGACUGGUGCAAACCAUGUUAUGUAUGGAUCUAGAGGAACUGGAGUGCCAGCAAGAAUUUCAGGAAAAAUACAGAAGAAAAACCAAGUAGUUAUAUUACUUGACCCUGAAAGACAAUUCAUUCGCAGAGAAGGAGAAGUUCCCGUGGCUGAUUUUUUAUGGUAUUCUGCUGCCAGACCCUGUACUAGAAAUUGCUUUGACCGGGCCGAAAUUGCUCGGGUUAUGAAUGCUGCUGGUCGGAGACGAGAUGCCCUCCCACAGGAUCUUCAAAAGGGAAUUGAUCUAGGUUUAGUAUCUCCAGAGGUGUUGCAAAACUUCUUUGAUCUAGAGCAGCAUCCUCUGAUUUCAGAACUCACUCACCGUUUCCAGGGUUUCAGGGAAAGAUUGUUGGCAGAUCCCAAAUUCUUGCACAGAUUAGCCAUAGAAGAAGCUAUAUCAAUAACAACUACAUUGUUGGCACAAUAUGAAAAGCGGAAAGAAAACUUUUUCCAAGAGCUUGACUAUGUUAUUACAGACACUGUCAGAGGAUCAGUAGUUGAUUUUUUUACAGUGUGGCUUCCUGCACCAACUUUAUCAUUCCUUUCAUAUGCUGAUGAGAUGAAAGCACCUGACAACAUUGGUUCUCUAAUGGGACUUCUUGGUUCCAUCCCGGACAAUGCAUUUCAAAAGAAUCCAGCAGGGACAAACUGGAAUCUCAAUCAUAGAAUUGCAUCAGUUGUAUUUGGUGGGCUAAAACUUGCUAGUGUUGGAUUUAUUUCAAGCAUUGGAGCCGUGGCUUCUUCAAAUUCUCUAUAUGGUAUUCGUAAAAUCCUGAAUCCAGCGGUUGUAACUGAACAACGGAUUAUAAGGUCACCAAUACUCAAAACGGCAGUUGUAUAUGCAUGUUUUCUUGGAAUUUCUGCAAAUCUCCGUUAUCAGAUAAUUGCUGGGAUAGUGGAGCAUCGGAUUUCUGAACAGUUUGCUUCCCAAACAUUAUUUGUAAAUAUGCUUUCUUUUGUAGCACGGACUGUCAAUUCCUAUUGGGGAACCCAGCAAUGGAUUGACCUAGCGCGCUUUACUGGCCUGCAAGUUAGAAAGACAGAGUCACCACCAUCAGAUUCUCCAAAUCAUGCUGCAAUUUUAUGCAACGAAACAGAAGAAGCCACCAUUGAUGAGAUAGAAAAAUAA